AUUCAUCAGAGCUCAUGCCUAGUCAAGGCUGCAUUUCGAUGACCAUACCAUUAUUACCAUUUGACCAUAAAGUUGGGGGCCAUGUGUCUAUCUUUCGUGUGUGUCCAGGCGUCAUAUGUAAGGAGAGCUCAUCGCGCGAAAUUCAAAUGUACUCAAGAAUGGUACCGGCAUUGAAGCCAUUCACUCCAUACUACUUUGGUACUAUCAACGUUACGUACAACAAGUACAAUGCACCUCAUAUUGAAUUUGAUAAUAACAGGCAUGUUAUAUCUUCGGUCUUACCAAAGUCUAAACUCCAAGAAUUAUUACUGCAUCAAGUCAUAGACGCUCAGGCAACCACCGCUCUUCACCAACAGCCAGCAUGGCCAAGUCCUAAUGAUCAUUUGCCUUCUCCUCCGGUAUCUACGCACAUACAGGAGGAAUCCCCGCUAGCUUCUUCGCCGGAAUUAUCAUGUGAUGAUGGUGAAGAGGAGGAGGACGACGACGAAGUAAACUACUUCUCCAUACCGUCUGCUACACCUUAUCAAGAUCCGGUGUCGAGCUGGUCCCCAGCACCAACCAUUGUACCACAGAAUUCAGGGCAUGCCAGCCAUCAACAACAACACUACGUUGUCAUACAAGACCUUACCGACGGUUUAAAAAGACCAUGUAUUCUGGAUUUGAAAAUGGGUACACGGCAAUAUGGCGUCGAUUGCACGCCCACCAAGAUGUAUAGUCAAACCAGAAAAUGCCAGGACUCUACCAGCGCAUUACUUGGAGUGAGAAUAUGUGGAAUGCAGAUUUUUAAGGCGCACACUGGCGAAAUCCAUUUCGAAAACAAGUACAGCGGCAGAAAGCUUACCGCCCAAUCGUUUGAGCAGCACCUUUUUGACUUUUUGCAUGAUGGAAACAAACUGCUGACUCAACAUGUUUCAAUGCUUCAAAGAAAACUCAAAUGCUUGUUACACUCGAUUUCUCAAUUACCUUCCUAUCGUUUCUUCGGCUCCAGCUUAUUGGUCAUUUAUGACGGUGACCCUUGUUCAACAAGUGAUAUUGAAAUCCGCAUGAUCGAUUUUGCUCAUUCGGUUCUCGAUGAUGAGAUGUUUGCUGGUAUGAAAGACAUGACAUACCCACCUUCCCAUCCCGAUCAACCUGACCAAGGUUACAUCUUGGGAUUAGAGACGUUAUUGGACAUACUCAACCGUAUGCAGGAACGGUGUGAUUAGACACAAUCUCUUCAAGCUUUUUCUUUUUGUAAAUCUCUCUUCUCCUGCCCAGCCGUUGUGCCCUCUUCCCAUCGUUUUAAGAAUUCCUGCUCAUUUGUUUGCUUGUACAUAGUCUUCACCCCUACCCUGUUCUCACUCAGAUACCACCGCAUUCGCACCCCAUUUUACACACAUUUUUUUUUUUUUAAGCUGCAUCGGCUCGGCAUGCUAUCAUAAUUUGUCCAUAGUACUACUCCACGUUUUGAACAAAAAAGUAAAAUAAAUCACAAAUUUUAACCCAGC